AAGGGAUACCAAAACAAGACAAUGUAGAAGGGAAAUGUACUGAAUAUCAAGUCUAUAUAUUAUAUAGUUUAUAACUAACAUACAGUAGCAGCCUGUCUAUUUCUAUUUCAAGUCAGUGGUAGUGUUUCAACAGUGAAUUAUGGAGCCAAACGUUUCCUACGAUGUUGUGCACACUAAAAAUAGAAGAGAAAAAGAAAUACAAGCCACUGCAGUGCAGGAAAACACUGCCUACAAUAUUGGGACUUCUGGAGACGAAAGAACUUCCACUCAAGAUAAUGGCUACAGUGUCAUUGAGAACAACGGGAGAGAAACGUUCGCAUCGAGAACUAACAUAUCAUACACUGCUUUUGAUGUAAUAAAUAAUACGGCAGAGACUAAUUCUACCUACGACAUUCUAGAUAACACGAAGAGAAUAAGGCAAAACUUGGCUAAAAAUGGAUGUGCUAAAAAGUGCCUUGCACUUUUUUUCAUUGUAGCUUUUGUUUUUCUGUCUCUGUUGGUAGCUGUGGCAGCACUCGUGUACACCAAUAUAGAGUUGAAGAACCAGAUGAGCUGUAACAAUAAGCAAAUACAGUCCAUGAACGAACAACUGAACAACCGAUCCAGUCAACAGAUUCAAAUCCUACAAGCUCAACUCAGUGAUUCAAUUUUGCUCCUUCAAAACAACUUUUCUGAGCAACUGAGCAGUACUAAUAAGCAAGUACAGUCUACUAACGAGCAACUGAACAACCAUAUUGCUGAGUUAGGUCCAAUGGCAUACUAUCCUGGAGCAAGAAUAGGAAACCCAGCUAGCUCUUGUAGUGACAUCCCUCAAGACCGACCAUCUGGAGAAUACUGGAUCGCGACUGACAGUACUAGCUCUCCUGUUCAGGUCUACUGUGACAUGAAUCGAACAAGCUGUAGCUGCAAUACUGCAGGAGGAUGGAUGAGGGUAGCCAACCUUGACAUGACCAAUCCCAACCAAAACUGCCCAGAGGGAUUGAGACUGGUAACCAGAACAGAACCACCAUUGCGUACUUGUGGCCGAGUAGAAGAACCAGGAUGUACUUCCACUACCUAUUCAACUUAUGGGGUGGAGUAUUCGAAAGUUUGUGGUCGAAUCAUUGCAUAUCAAAGUAGCACUUCGGAUGCUUUCACUCCAUAUUUCAAUAACAGAGCUUUAUCUAUUGAUGAUGUUUACGUUGAUGGUGUGAGCCUAACCCAUGGUCAGUCGCCUCGUCAGCACAUCUGGACAUUUGUGAAUGCAAUCGAUGAAACUCGCUCCACUACAGCGGUAUGUCCCUGCACAAGACCUGACCUCACCUACACUGGAGUUGUACCUCCCUUCAUUGGUCAAGACUACUUCUGUGAAACUGGAAGUCGACAAGCACGUAGAUUUAUCUUUUUCCCUGAUGAUCCACUCUGGGAUGGUCAGGGAUGCGGGGGUACCAGUACUUGCUGUGAGUUCAACAAUCCACCGUGGUUCUGCAAGCAACUCCCUCAACCGACUACAGACGAUAUCGAGAUGAGGCUUUGUUCUGAUGAAGACAUUUAUGAUGAAGAGACACCCAUUGAGAUAAUAGAGAUGUACGUACGAUAAAACUUUAGAAUUGAAAACAUACUACAUAAGUAUACAUAUUGUAUAUAAUUAUUACACUGCUGGAAUGUAUGCACUUGCACUCAUGCAGGAAACUGCGCCAACACUAAACUCAGAAUCCGUUUUCCAAGACUAUGAACUAAAAUGACAUGCAUGCAUGCUGCCACUAAAACACGUCUGCAUGUAGCUAGCUAGCUCUGUACUGUACAAUGUACUCCGUACAGUGUUUUAGUACUUUAGGUAAAUAGCUGUGAGCUGGCUAAGGCUAUGGCUAUAUAGAGUCACUUUCAAUUUGUUUUAUUGUCUUUUUAUUGUCAAAGCUUUUCCUCGCAUUGACGUUGACUAG